GCGUCUUGGUGCUGAAUUGGGAAAAUCUGUUGUGUACCAGGAGACCAAUGGAGAAACAAGAGUUGAAAUCAAAGAGUCUGUUCGUGGCCAAGAUAUUUUCAUUAUACAGACAAUACCCAGUGUUUACUGUUUUAGAGACGUGAAUACAGCUGUGAUGGAGUUACUGAUUAUGGCCUAUGCACUGAAGACUGCCUGUGCCAGGAAUAUCAUCGGUGUCAUCCCCUACUUCCCCUACAGCAAGCAAAGCAAGAUGAGGAAGAGAGGCUCCAUCGUGUGCAAACUCCUGGCGUCCAUGCUGGCAAAGGCUGGUUUAACUCACAUAAUCACUAUGGAUCUUCACCAAAAGGAAAUACAAGGCUUUUUCAGCUUUCCAGUGGACAACCUUAGAGCCUCACCUUUCCUGCUUCAGUAUAUCCAGGAGGAAAUUCCAAAUUACAGAAAUGCAGUCAUUGUAGCUAAGUCUCCUGAUGCUGCAAAAAGGGCUCAGUCCUAUGCCGAGAGACUGCGCCUGGGGCUGGCUGUGAUCCACGGAGAAGCGCAGUGCACAGAGCUGGACAUGGACGACGGUCGACACUCGCCCCCCAUGGUCAAGAACGCCACUGUGCACCCGGGCCUGGAGCUGCCCUUGAUGAUGGCCAAAGAGAAGCCACCAAUCACAGUGGUUGGAGACGUCGGAGGACGGAUUGCAAUCAUAGUGGAUGACAUUAUUGACGAUGUGGAGAGUUUUGUGGCUGCUGCAGAGAUCCUGAAAGAGAGAGGCGCAUACAAGAUCUAUGUUAUGGCUACACACGGCAUCCUGUCCGCUGAAGCCCCCCGUCUGAUUGAGGAGUCCUCCAUUGAUGAGGUGGUGGUGACAAACACUGUCCCUCAUGAGCUCCAGAAACUGCAAUGUCCCAAGAUAAAGACUGUGGACAUCAGCUUGAUUCUUUCUGAGGCGAUCCGGAGAAUCCACAAUGGCGAGUCCAUGGCUUACCUCUUCCGGAACAUCACAGUCGAUGACUAACUUGGAGCUGCCUUGACCCUGGACCUACACAGCAGUGUAUCAGCCUGGAAUAGGCUGCAGCUAGGAAGUCUCUACAAGGCUGGUGAGGAGGACUCAAUGAGAUAGCAGGAAGACAGAGCCCGUGGAUAAAUGACAUGGCAUUCACUGUCUGCCAUCAUCAGCCUGCUCCUUAUCCUGAGCAGACACGGAAAAUCUAAUGAAGUGGAAGAGAAUCCAAGAGCAGAGUUUCUUUGUUUUUGUUUUUUUUUUGUUGUUCAAUAGUGUCUGCUCUGGGGAAGGCAAGCGGAGCAUUGAACUUGGUCAGGGAGCUGAGUGUCCCUGGCACUGUCAUAUGCAGGUGUCCUCUCCCUGGACAAGGUUCUUACAGAAACACUUUUCUUUCGGAAACCCCUGUGCCUACUGCCAUCGAACAGUGAAGCAUCUGUGUCUGCUCUCAUUGAGCUAGUCAGAUUAGAGCGUAGUCCUGUCCCUCAGCAACUGUGUUCUCGGGAGCUACAAAUAAAAGUUUCUUAUCUCUGGU